UUAUCAUCAUCAUCGUCGUCGUCAUGAUCAUUUUGUGCCGUGGUAUGCGGCGCGUCCUUUUCGUCAAAAAGGCAUACCUUUAUACGAUAAAAAAAGCGCGCCAGCAUGGCCAUGCCUUAUUCUUUUUCCGUUCACGUUGGAUAGACAGACGGACAGAUUGCACACAGAACCUUUAAGCUCAACGUACAGACAGCGUCAACUCAUGUUGCGGUAUUUGUAACACAUCAUACAAAAAGUGUCGCGUUCCAGAUAAUAUAUAAAGCGGAUGCCCAAACAAUUUUUUUUCCUUUCUUUCUUCCCUUUUCUUUCUUUUUCUUCUGCUUGCUGCGCAAAGCAACCUGCUACGUUUUUUCUCUUCUUUCUUUUCUUCUUUCUCACCCUCGUACUAUGUUGAUCUCGUCUUUUACGAUUGAUCUGGAUGAACCAUGUUUUACACUGUCUGAUAAACCCGUAGCAAUCAGUGGAAUACUACGUGCUCGAUGUGCCGAGAAUCUGAGUUGCGUCCACAGCCAAUUGGAAAUGUUUGGCUGUGCGCACGUGGGGUCGAUGAGAAGGUCGGGAGCAAAAAACACCAGCGAGCACGACGACGACGACAACGACGACGACGCGGUUGUGUUCAAAGAUCAGCAUACAGUGGGCAAAUGGGCGUACGAAGACGACGAGGAUAGCUACGUUGCGCCCUUUACGUUUCAUAUACCUGGCUCUUUGCCACCCAGCUUAUCUGUUGUAAACAAAACAGUGUCGAUCGAAUACAGCAUUACCGCUACACUACCCACGUAUGGCAUCCGCACGACUCGCUCCGUCCAACUGUUCCGUUCUUGCGACUACCGUCAGCUACAACAGCCAUCAACCCGAGUCUAUUGGGGCACUACAAGAUCAAAACGCUGGCGAUACGAGGUCGAGAUCCCACGCAUCAUCCCGAUUUUCAAUCAUCACCAACAACAACAAGAGUUUGUACUGAGCAUCCGACUACGUUCGUCUUUCGAGGCGUUGAAUCGGUCAAAAGUGAAAUCAUGUCUGCUCACAUGUCAGUUGCUCGAAUCAGUUGAAACCAAACAUCAUCCAAAGGGAUGGACCGAGCCACGUAUGAUAUCAACUCGCGUACUUAUGUCGCCGGCGCAAACAUGGAUACGACCCUGCCGAUUACCCAUAACGUUCCCCUCGGAGCAUGCUUACCAACCGCGUCCGAGCGUCACGACCGAGCUCAUCAAAAUCCGACAUACGCUUUGUGUGACGCUUGCCUUCAACGGUGGUGUGCAGGGACACGAAGACAGCGACAAGCUACAAUUUGAAUUUCCUGUAAACCUGGUGCAUACGCUGGACUCCAAUCCUACUUUAUGCCGCCAACAACUGACGACUCGUUCCUCCUCUUCCUCCUCUGCCUUUUACUAUUAUACCGACAGCAGUAGCGAUGAUUGUGAGAGCAGGGAUAGUGGUGUAUAUCUGACUUGCUGAUCUUGUCAACCCGUGUAGACAAAAAACAACAACAACAUAUCAUCAUUGUUGCUGCUGCUAUCGUCAUCAACACACACAAAGCUUCAUGAACCGUUUUAUAUCCGAGCCUUAGAUGUGUCAUGCUCUAUUCAUACAUUGUAUAUAGAAAUCUAACAUAUCCUUUCUCACUUCCUUAUCCCCCUUCAAAAAACCUACAUCCUUACUGUACAAAACCCAUAAUAUGUAUGCAUUAUCAUUCACUCUGCCCAUCUUUCUCUCUAUACGCAGCAAUCACACUCCACCCCCUUUAUUGCUCGUUUUCUC